AUGGCUAGCGCGACGACGAUGGGUCUGCGUCGCAGAGCACCGGUGAACAGCUCGCCGACACCCUCAAGCCAAUCGCUGUCCACGGGCGCGUCGUCGAGCAAGCGCUCGAGGAGCGAGAACAACAACAGUCCGUCCCAUGGCAAUUUGAACUCGAUGAACGGCGGCACUCGGGACGAGCCGCCGACGAAGAAAUCUCGCGGGACUUCGACGAGCGGAGGGAAGAGCUGUCCCACUUCCUCGGCAACCUCCAUCUCGACGAGCGCAAGUAUCUCGACCGACAGUCAGAUCUCGAAGAGUCGCGGAACUUCCGUCUCGAGAUCGGCUACUCAGACGAAAUCGUCGUCCACUUCGACGGCUGCCAGCACGGCCGCUGCCUCCUCGACGAGCGAUAUAUCGAACGGCUCCGUGCUCUCGACUAGCUGGCCGACCACGUCGAACAUGUCGGACGUGCCGUCGUACGCUUCCGUGACCGGGCUGGGCUUGACGGGUGGACAAACGGCCGGCCUGUGCGCCGGAAGUCUCGGCAUGCCACCUACGCCGAUUCCGCCCUACAUGUCGACCUCCAUGGCGACCUUCGUCGGCAACGCUACGAACCUCGGCAAGAGCUCGUCCGUUUCGUACCUCGACAUCUCCAACAUGACCGGUGGUUCCUUGGCCGCUUCCGGCGCCGCGAACUCGUUAAACGGCGGAUACGCGGCGAGCGGCGCGGUAGACACGAAGAGCGGAAUAGCAAUGUCGUACUCGGCGAUGUCGUCGCCGAAUAUGAAUGGCGGCGCGUAUGGCGUGCAAAAGGGGCAGGCGGGCCCGAAGGGCGUCGACGGGGCCGCCGCGUCGCCGAGAAAGUUUCAAAACGACGCCAUGUUCAACACUUAUCAGCCGUGGGUGAUCAAGACGUACGGUGAUCUCGCCAAGACCAAGACGAUCACCAUCAAAAAGUACGCGCGUAUCUUGAGGACUUUACGGGGCGAGGAAGUGAACAGCGCCGAGAACAGCAAGUUCCGCUUCUGGGUCAAGAGCAAGGGUUUCCACAUCGGCCAGCCGGAAGGCUACGACGCGAAAGCGGCCGACAGGAUUAUCGGACGUCACGCCGUCACGAGCCCGGGUCUGGAUCCGCCGCUCUACGUGCCCACGCAGCUGCCGCACAACAAGGCAUUAAAUGGUGCCGAAGGUACGGUCCCACCUGGACGAGUGUACAAGAAAGUCGCGAUUGUGGAGAAUUUCUUCGACAUCAUCCACGCCGUUCAUGUUGAUCUCGAAGGACGUCCUGGGAAGCAUGCUGGUCAGAAGCGUACCUACAGAACGAUUACUGAAACGUACGCGUUCCUGCCGCGAGAAGCGGUAACGCGAUUUCUACUAGGUUGCACGGAAUGCCAACGGCGUCCGCGGACGCCCAGUCCAACGAACUUAUCUAAUCAAUCGCAGUCUACGCAGCCGGCGACGCUGGGGUCGACGUCAACCCCGCUGAGCCCGAAUCCCGGUAGCGCCGCUCUUGCGGCAUCGUCGUCGACGACCACGUCAGUGCAAAAUAGCCCUAAGCCGCGUAACGGCGGCCAACACGCGUCGUCGGAGGGUAAGAACUUGCACAACUACAGGCACCAGAAGCAGCACAAGACCGGCGCUGCUAGCGCCGCUGCGGACUCGAAACUCGACAAGGACAAAGACGAGAAGUACAAUCCGCUGAGUAUCACGAACCUAUUGAAGAAGGAGCCGGUGAAUGGUGGUUAUCUCGCGGACGCUCUGCCGGAAUCGAGGAGAACGCCAGAGUCGGACCGGGCGAGCUCGAAAAGCUCGGCGUCGUCAAAGAGAAAACGGAUGCUGCCGGAGGGACGGACGCCCUCGCCGCAGCCCAGCCAGCCGUUGCCGAGGCCCUGGAGCCCCGGGCUGGACCCUAAGAACACGCCCAUCGACUAUAGCUUGCCUAUCACCACCUCGUACUUGAAGCAUCAGCAGAGACUGCUCCAGGAGAAGAACAAGGCGGCCGCCGCUAAUGCGCUGAGGGAGUCCGAAGCGACGGAAUCGAAGGCCGUCUCGACCGCCGCGACGUCGCUCGUCGAGGAGACCGAGAGCGCCGAGAGGGAGAGGUUCUCACCGGCCACCGGCCUGAUCGACACGAACCUCAAUCUACUGGCGACCAUCCAGCAGCUACACUGUCAAGUGAUGCUGGCGCUCACCGAACGAUUGAGACCGUCGUUCACGAUGCCGAGUCCUUUAAUUCCACCGCCAUCGACCAACGUUCUGGCGGGUACGAUGAUGAUGGGCACGGAAGUGUCGGUCCAGACAGGAGAGAAUCAUUUGUGAAUUAAUCGAUAGAGAAGAAUGGGUCGCUUUUCCACCAGUGACUUUCCUCGGAGAUGCGUAAAAGGUAAAAGUGCUAUGAUUAUCAAGAAGCGACAGAUUAGCAUUUCCGUGAGUAGAAUUAAUUCGCGUCGA